UGCGGUCAAGCUAGCAAAGAUUGAGUUAAAUAUACAUUUUCGUUUCUCUUUUCAGUGCACUUAUUUCCAUUGUUAAUAUUGUAAGCAAUUGAAUUUCGUGUAAAUUCAAACGAUGAAAUCAAUCAUCCUAAUUCUAUGUGUUGGUGCAGUAUUGAUCAAUUGCACUUCAGACACUGGACAGCGACCAGCAAAUGUAAAACCAUGGAAAAAAUUUCAUACUGCAGCCCGACUGGGUGAUCUUCCGAAAAUCAAAGAAUUGCUGAGAAUGGGAACGGAUGUUAAUAUAUUAGAUACUGGUGAACGUACACCUUUAUUUACUGCGGCAGCAAAUGGUCACGAUGCUGUAGUUUUGCUGUUAUUAAAGAAUGGUGCUGAUGUUAAUCUGAAACAGAAAUAUGGACGUGCCCCAAUUUUUGACGCUUCAUACAAUG